AUGACUGAUGAUGUCACUGACAAAAAUAGAGUUGACGAUUCAUUAUUAUUACUUCUUCGAGAUGCUAUUGUACAACAUUCACCAUUAAAUGAUAUUAAACUCAUUCUCAGUUGUAAACUUGUAGAUAUUAAUGGAUGUGUUCGUCAUGGUCUUCGACCAUUACAUUAUGCUGUAUUUGAGAAUGAUAUAGAAUGUGUUCGACUGCUUGUAGAAUUUGGUGCAGAUGUUAAUGUGAUAGAUGAAGCCGGUUAUUCACCAUUACAUUUAGCUGCAAAAUAUGGUUUUACUGAUAUAAUGCAUAUAUUAAUUGAUCAUGGUUCUCUUGUUAAUUUUUUUAUAGCAGUCAGUAGUAGUCAAACUCGUUCAUUGACUACACCUUAUUAUGAUGUAAUGACAGAACCAUUGAGUCUUUGUUUGGAAAAUAAUCAUAUUGAAUGUGCACAAGUACUUCUUCUUGCUGGUGCUAAUGUUAAUCAACAAUAUUUUCUUGGUUAUGAAAUAAAUUUAUUAUCUUAUGAAAAUUAUAAUUCAUUAGAAUUAAUUCUUAAACAUGGUGCUAAUCCUAAUGCUCUUUCACGUAGUGGUAUAACACCAUUAAUAAAAGCAUGUCGUGAAGGAAAUUUAGGUGCAGUUAUUUUAUUAUGUCGUUAUGGUGCUACCGUUAAUUAUGUUACAAGAAAAUUUCGACAAAGAAAUGCUCUUGUUACAGCUAUUGAAUCUAAACGAAAUGAUAUUGUUGAACAAUUAUUAGUUUUUGGAGGUUUUGCUAAUAAACAUCCAGAAUUAUGUAAUUCACCAUUGGAAUAUGCUAUUCGAAAAGAUGUUAUUGAAAUAAUUCGACUUUUAAUUGCAUUUGGUGCUGAUACAAAUGAAGAAACAAACGAAGAUGUUGAAUGUAUAACACCAUUAAUUCUUGCUUGUCAAUGUUCAUAUCUUCGCGAUCAAUAUAAUAUUGUUAAAUGUCUUCUUGAAAAUGAUGCUCAACCAAAUCAAUCUGUUGCAAAUAAUCCACAACAUCAUCAUCAACAUAUUCCUUUUCGAACACCAUUAGUAGCUUAUAUUAAGCAUGCUCAUGAACAUCGACUGGACAUGCGGAUUAUUCGUUUACUUAUUGGCUAUGGUGCACGAAUAUCAUUUUCACGUGGACGAGAUAGUGUUCUUCGUUUUUUACGUCGUUUUCAAUCAAAUCCAAAUUUAAUUGAAUUACUUUGUGAUGCAGCUUAUUUUUUUCAUCCAAGUUAUAUAGCUGAAUGUCGAGAACUUGAUGAUAAAACAAAAGAAGAAAUUUAUCGACGUGCAACAACACCACGUGCAUUAAAAACUAUAGCACGUCAACAAAUUCGAUCACAUAUAUUUAAUUCACCAAUGAAAAUACGUAUUGAUCGAGGCAUACAAAAGCUUGAUUUGCCUGAUUUUCUUCGACGUUUUUUACUCUUCGAAAAUGUUUAA